AGUAUAUAAGAUCCCAAGUUGCCGACGUAACCAUGUCAGUUCCAUCGACUUGGCGUAAGCUUCUCUUCUUGACCAACCAAAACCCUCAGAAACUCUAAAGACAUGGCACCCAAGAAGGCCAAGAAGAGGCAGCAGCAGGGAGAGGGUGGAUCCUCCAAUGUGUUCUCCAUGUUUGAGCAGAGCCAGAUUCAGGAGUACAAAGAGGCUUUCACAAUCAUUGACCAGAACAGAGACGGCAUCAUCAGCAAAGAUGAUCUCAGAGACGUGCUGGCCACCAUGGGUCAGCUGAACGUGAAGAAUGAGGAGCUGGAAGCCAUGGUCAAGGAGGCCAGCGGCCCCAUCAACUUCACCGUCUUCCUCACCAUGUUCGGCGAGAAGCUGAAGGGCGCUGAUCCCGAGGACGUUAUUGUGAGCGCUUUCAAGGUCUUGGACCCUGAGGGUACUGGAUUCAUCAAGCAGGAAUUCCUUCAGGAGCUGCUGACCACCCAGUGUGACCGGUUCACUGCUGAGGAGAUGACCAACCUCUGGGCUGCUUUCCCCCCAGAUGUGGCUGGCAACGUAGACUACAAGAACAUCUGCUACGUCAUCACACACGGAGAGGAGAAGGAAGACGAGUAAACCCACCUACCUCAAUCUUCUCCACCUCUGUCCAUCCCCCUUCUCCACCUCUGUGACCCAUUUACGCUCUUUUACUCCUGUUGCUCUUUUUCCAUCUCAAACUCACUCCCUACUAAAGACUUGUCUCUUAUGUCAAGAAAGGUGGGAUAUGUGUGAGUAUCACCAGGGGACAGUGGGAUUCUUUUUCACUAAACUAACAGUGUAAUAUUUAAACUAUUCCUUUCUAUCUCUCUCUCCACCUUCAAUUCUACCUCAUCUUCCCCAUCCCUUACUUCUGUCUCUCCCUGUCAAGUCAAACAGUGCAUGCAUCAUACCUACAUCAUGUAUGUAUUCAGUGUCAGCAGACAAACACUUUGAUUCUUGGGUGCUGUGAUGUCUGCUCAAUUGUUUAUUUGAAACAAGUAGACGAUUGACCUAAAAGGUCUGUUCUGUCUUGACUCAGUGAGAAGUUAUCGAUGGACUUGUCCUUAUUGAUGUACCAGAAAGUAGGACAGUUUAAAAGAGAUGAGUACUGUACUACAAUAGCUUUCCUAUUCCUCUCUUUUAAGAUCACCCUAUAUAUCUGGGUGUUAGGGAUAAAAGGAAGGUUGGUUGAAAAAGGAGGAAAGCAUGAUUUAGCAGUAGGUUGUGCCUUCACUGUAAGAGAGAGACAUAAUGAAACAUAGUGAGAGGGAGACAGGAGAAAA